AUGGCUUCAACUUCAACCACGGACGAUCUUAAGGCUGCUAUAUUUCAACGGCUCCAUCCCCGCGCCUACUUCGAACGAUUUGUUGCGGAGAAAGUGAGACCAGAUGGCCGUGAAUUUCAUGAAUGGCGCGACGUCUCAGUCAACGUCGGUUCUAUAUCUACUGCGAAUGGCUCGGCGCUGGUAAGGCUAGGGAAUACCACGGUGGUAUGUGGGGUGAAAGCUGAGAUCGCUGAGCCAGAGCUCGACCAGCCAGAAGAUGGUUAUUUGGUACCGAACCUAGAUCUUCCAGCAAUAUGUUCUCCCAAAUUCAAGCCAGGCCCACCAGGAGAGGAAGCCCAAGUGCUAUCGGACCGGUUGAACGACGUGUUACUAUCUUCAGGCAUGGUGGACUUGAAGAGCCUUUGCAUUCACCCUGGAAGUGCUGUUUGGGUGCUUUAUGUUGAUGCUGUUUGCAUCAAUUACGAUGGAAACGCGUUCGACGCGACUUUGAUGGCGAUGGUCGCGGCUUUGAGAAACACGACGCUACCGCAGGCUACGUUCGACGAUAUCUCUGGUCGUACCACCUGCUCGCGGAAAACGCAAAUACCCUUGAAAAUUCUGCGGAGUCCAUCGUCCAUGUCUUUUGGAAUAUUUGACGGCUCGCUACUCAUCGCGGAUCCCACAUCAUUUGAGGAACCUCUGCUGGAUGCCACGCUUACCAUCGUGCUGGAUGAGAAUGACCAGGUGCUACAAACGACACAGCUAGGCUCGGGUGUGGUUGAACACGAGGAUCCGCUCCUCGCUUGUAUCACUGCUGCAAAGCAACGGCGUCGCGACUUAGCAAAUGCCUCAUAG